UUAAGAUGGCUGCCAAAAGUCUUGCUUCCCGCCUCAAAGGCUCCCGGCGUUUUCUGAGUGGCUUUGUGGCCGGGGCUGUAGUGGGAGCCGCAGGAGCCGGGCUCACUGCUAUGCAGUUCUUCCGGAAUCAGAGCGCUGGGGCAGCGUUGGCAGUGAGGGAACCGGCCGGAUCUGCAGAAAAUGCUCUCUUGGGACAAUUUGGAUUCCCUUUAACUGGAACAGAGACAAGGUGUUACACUAAUCAUGCCUUGUCUUAUGAUCAGGCAAAGCGGGUGCCUAGAUGGGUUCUUGAACAUAUUUCCAAAAGCAAGAUAAUGGGUGAUGCAGACAGAAAACAUUGUAAAUUCAAGCCUGAUCCUAACAUCCCUGCAAUCUUCAGUGCCUUCAAUGAGGACUAUGUCGGAAGCGGGUGGUCACGAGGACACAUGGCUCCAGCGGGAAAUAACAAAUUUUCAAGUAAAGCCAUGGCUGAAACCUUUUACCUUUCGAAUAUUGUACCUCAGGAUUUUGAUAAUAAUUCUGGAUAUUGGAACAGAAUGGAAAUGUACUGUCGAGAACUGACAGAGAGGUUUGAAGACGUUUGGGUAGUAUCUGGGCCUUUGACCUUACCUCAGACUACAAAUGAUGGAAAGAAAACAGUUAGUUACCAGCAAAGCAAAGCAAAGCAAAGCAGGAGGAAACCCUGGAGAGGGUGGUGCCACAGGAGCCAGGGCAGGAGAGGAUUCCAGAAAGGGCUGCUGGAACCAAGUGGAACGCUGCUGGGGGACACAGAAGAUGAGGACCAAGAAGGCGCUGCUGGACCGAGCCACGAGGAGGUUCCGCGUGCUGGCAGCGCGCUUUGGCGAGUGUUGGGCUGGCUGCAGCGGUGGGGUGCCGUGGACCAAGGAGGAAGCCGGUGUCCGGUGUCACAGGUCCAAGGCAGCCACGGCUUCCGCCUGCCCCUGGCUUGACACAUGGGUGCCGUCCAUCCCUCCUCAGGGCUCCGACUGGGAGUCCUAGAAGGCAGGACCGGGGUGUCCUCUGCUGGGGGGCAGACUGCUCUGCCCACGCCCACUCGUCCUGGACCAGCCCACACUCCCUGCCGUUUUCCUGGGAAGAUAACCGCAAGUCCUUCGCGGUUCUGGGACUCUCCCUCUCCCAGCCCCCAGCACCACUGUUCUCCAGACUUGGUCAGGAUGAGCCCUUCUCACGGGCUCCUUGGGCCUCUGCCACCACCCUUGUCAAAUCUCAGCACAAGAACAGAGCCCAGACCAGGCGAUGUAAGCCAUUUAUUGGUUUGUUUUAAAAAUAUGUAUUUUAUUUAUACACGACGUUUGGUGAGAAGUGCUUGAUUAGUUCAGACAACAGCUGGCACUGAUGCUUGUCCCCCUCCUUCUUCCUACCCUCUUCUCCCCUCCUGCUGGCCACUGUGCAGUUCUGGAAAUAAAAUGAGAGCCAUGCUAAAAGCUAAGGGGUCGGGUCUAGCUCGUCCCUGCCCUUAGCCACACUGUCUGCAGACGGCCCUGGGCACCUGUCUCUAGGCUCUCGGGCUGUCCACACACACAAAACCACAGUCUCCUUCCGGCCAGCUGGGCUGGCAGCCCGGCCUGCCUCCCAACCGCAUUCCUGCCUGUGCGGCGGGCGGUGAGGGCCCAGGACGGGCACACGCCUGUCCAAGCCUUGAGAGCAAAGCACAGAGAUCUACAAAAAUAAGAUUUCCACUCAGAGAAGUGUCACUGGGACAGUUAAAACCGAGUCCCACACUGGACUCAAAGGGGACACAAGAGAAAUCUCUGGGGGUGGGGAGGGUUGGUGGCUGCGGUUGCCACCAAGGGAAAUAGGGUGACAAGA